AUGUCGAUUUUGGAGUAUUCCGAAACCGGGGUUUGGGGCAGAUCUUCGUGGAAAAACGUCCACAACUGUAACCGCUGCCCAUAUUUUACCACCUCACUCUUUAUGGUUAACCACGUGAGACGACACCGCUCAUCCCUGGAAGAAUUUACAUGUUCAGACGCCAAAAUUGAAACCUAUUUCUGCAAAGACUGUGAUUUUAAAACCGAACUGACAGUUUUGUUCAAACAACACAUUAAUAACUAUCACUGUGUUAAAAAAGAGUGUACAGAUCGUUUCCACGUACAAAACUACGUCUGCGAUAAGUGCAAGUCGGAAACACAUUUCUCCCUCAAGUGGUUUCAGCACAUUUUGGGGUGCACUGCAAAGCCAGAAAAUCUUCGAACUUACAACCAGUCUGACACAGUCCGUUGGCGACAUUGUUCCCAAUGUUCCUACAAAACUAAAUUCAAAAGCAAUUUAAACCGUCACGUCCAGAAGCACGACUCGGACAAGAGGUACGCCUGUGAUAGGUGUCCCUUCAAGACUAAAACCCAGUGCGGUUUAACCAGACACAUUUAUUCGUUACAUUUGAACGAAGAAGAAGUUAAAUGGUACAACUGCAGCCAGUGUCCGUUCAAAACCAAGCAUAAAAAGUACUUGAAGACGCACGUCGCGCUCAAACAUCUAGCCGAAGAAGAGAUUAAGUGGUACGAGUGCGAGGAUUGCCCCUACAAGACUAAACUGGCGUCGCAUUUGAAAAAUCAUGUGAUUGCGCGACAUUUGGACGAGAAGGAAGUGAAGUGGUACGAAUGUGCGAGGUGUCCGUAUAAGAGUAAAGCGAAGAGUGAUUUGAAGUGUCAUGUGAAUGUUCAUGUGGAGGUGCGGUCGUAUCAGUGCGAGUAUUGUCCGUAUAAGGCGAAAGACAAUGGUAGUUUAAAGCGGCAUAUUAAUAUCCGGCAUUUGGAUGGGGCUGAUGCUAAGUGGUACAAAUGCGAACACUGUCCGUACGUGACGAAAAAUGGGCCGUGUUUUUAUAAACACAGAAAAAGACAUAUCGGGGGUGUGGUUCGGGUUUAG